GGAUUAUAUGUAUACAGGGAUGAUCUGGGAGAAAGGAGGAGGCCUCUCUCGACCAAGGAGGACCCAACUCGGGUCAAAGAGAGGCUGACACGCGUCUGGGUCAGUGAUCGUGUGAACGCGACGCCUCGUCCUUCGAGAAGGAGCUGAGGAAGGGAGGAGGAGGAAAAGAAGGGUUCUCCCCAAUCCUGGAGGGAGAAAUAGGGGCUCUGGAGGGGGGAAAUGGAGCCCCUGGGUGUGAAAAAGGGGAAAAGAGAUGUCUCUCAUUGUUCCUCUGGGGGGGGGGGGGAAUGGUCUCCCUGAGGGAAGAAAUGGAUAGGCCUCAGGAUUCCUUAAGAGAGGAAAUGGACUCUCUGAGGAGGAAAGUGGAGGAAAUAAAUGUCCCUCAGAUUCCCUUGAGAGGAAAAAUGGAACCUCUGAGGGGAAAAGUAGAGGAAAAAGAUGUCUCUCAGAGUUUCUUAAGAGAGGAAGUGGAGUUUCUGAGGGGGAAAGUGGAGGAAAUCGAUGUCCUGAGGGGAAAAGUGGAAGAAAUAGAUGUCCCUCAGGUUCCCUUGAGAGGGAAAAUGGAGAAUCUAAGGGAAAAAGUGGGCAUCCUUCAGUCUCUGAGGGGGCAAAUGGGGACCCUGAAGGAAGAACUAGGUGACCCUCAGGUUGCUUUGAGAGAGGAAAUAGAACCUCUGAGGGGAAAAGUGAAGGAAAUUGAUGUCCCUCAGGUUCCCUUGAGAGGGAAAAUGGAGCUCCUGAGGGGAAAAGUGGAAGAAAGAGAUGUCUCUCAGGGUUUCCUAAGAGAGGAAAUGGAGUCUCUGAGGGGGAAAGUGGAGGAAAUAAAUGUCCCUCAGAUUCCCUUGAGAGGAAAAAUGAAGCCCUUGAAUGGGAAAUUGGAAGAAAGAGACGCCCCCCAGGGUUCCUUAGAAGGGAAAAUGGAACCUCUGAGGGGAAAAGUGGAGGAAAGAGAUGUCUCUCAGUGUUCCUUAAGAGAGGAAAUGAAGUCUCUGAGGGGGAAAGUGGAGAAAAUCAAUGUCCCUCAGGUCCCCUUGAGAGGGAAAAUGGAACUUCUGAGGGGAAACGUGAAGGAAAAAGAUGUCUCUCAGGUUCCCUUGAGAGGAAAAAUGAAGCUCCUGAAAGGGAAAUUGGAAGAAAGAGACGCCCCUCAGGGUUCCUUAGAAGAGGAAAUGGAUCCCCUGAGGAGGAAAGUGAAGGAAAGAGAUGUCUCUCAGGGUUCCUUAAGAGAGGAAGUGGAAUCUCUGAGGAGGAAAGUGGAAGAAAUUAAUGUCCCUCAGGUCCCCUUUCCCUUAAGAGGAAAAAUUAAACCUCUGAGGGGAAACGUGAAGGAAAGAGAUGUCUCUCAAGGUUCCUUAAGAGAGGAAAUGGACCCUCUGAAAGGAAAAGUGGGCAUCCUUCAGUCUCUGAGGGGGAAAAUGGGCACCCUGAAGGAAGAAAUAGAUGGCUCCCAGGUUACCUUGAGGGAGGAAAUGGAGUAUCUGAAGAGAAAAGUGGGCAUCCUGAAGGAAGGAAGAGAUGUCUCUCAGGGUUUCUUAAGAGAUGAAAUCGAGCCCUUGAGAGGAAAAAGGGAGCUUCUGAGGGGGAAAGUGGAGGAAAUAAAUGUCCCCCAGGAUUCCUUGAGAGAGCAAAUGGAGUCUCUGAGGGGAAAAGUGGAGGAAAUAGGCAUCUUGAAGGAAGAAACAGAUGUCCCUCAGGCUGCCUUAAGAGAGGAAAUACAGCCUCUGAGGGGGGAAAUGAACACUCUGAAAGAAGAAAUAGGUGACCCUCAGGGUACCUCAAGAGGGGAAAUGGAGCCUCUGAGGGGGAAAGCGGAGGAAAUAAAUGUCUCUCAGAUUCUCUUGAGAGGGAAAAUGAACCCCCUGAGGGGGAAAGCAAGCACCCUGAAGGAAGAAAGAGAUGUCUCUCAGGGUUCCUUAAGAGAGGAAAUACAGCCUCUGAGGAGGAAAAUGGGCACCCCGAGGGAAGAAAUAGGUGGCCCUAAGGUUUUCCUGGGAGAUAAAAUGGAGCCUCUGAGGGGAGAAAUGGAAGAAAGAGAUGUCUCUCAGGAUUCCUUAAGAGAGGAAAUUGAGCUCCUGAGGGGGAAAGUGGAAGAAAGAGGCCCCUUAAGAGAGGAAAUUGAGCUUUUGUUGGGGGAAAUGGUCACCCUGGGGGAAGCAAGAGAUGGCGCUCAGUGUUUCUUAAGAAUUGAAACUCUGAGGGAAAAAGUGGAGGAAAUAAAUGUCCUUCAGGUUCCCCCGAGAGAGGAAAUUGAGCCCCUGAGGAAGAAAGUGAAAGAAAGAGAUAUUUCUCGGGGUUCCCUAAGAGAAGAACGACAGUCUCAGAGGGGGAAAAUAGGCACCCGUAAGGAAGAAAUAGAUGGACCUCAGGGGGCCUUGAGAAAGGAAAUGGAGGCUGUGAGGCGAGAAGUGGACAACAUGCAGGCCGCUCAGCAAGAAAAAAUGGAUUCCUUUAGUGAGAAGGCGGGCAUCUCGCAGGACAGGAUGGGUGACCCUCAAGUUGCCUUAAGAGAAGAAAUGGAGCUCCUGCUGGGAAAAGAUGGAAGCUUGCAGGAAUGGGUGAAGAAGACCCCUCAGGGUGAUUGGAGGACAGACAAAAUGGAGCCCCUGAAGGGGAAAAUGGGCACCCUACAGUUUGCGAAGCAAAAUAAAAUGGGUUCCCUUAUGGGGAAGGUGGGCACCCCACAGGUUGUCUUGGGAGAGCGAAUGGACCUCCUGAGGAAGAAGGUGGUCAUGCUCAGGAGUGGUCUGCUUGGUUUUGGAGUAAAGCAAGAAGGUGGCCUUUCAGACAUAGAUGUCACCCUUUGUGAUGCCCCUUUGCUGGAGGAAGAGGCUUCCCUCCUUCCAGUUGCUUUAGAUAACAACAUCCUUAUGGAGAACACCUUGCAACAAGAGGUGGAGGACACCCAAAAGGAUGACCUUUGGGGAUCUCUGCGAGAAAAGAUGGAGAAGAGACUGCAGGGGAAAGUGGUUGCCCCGCUGGAAAUGGAGGACCUGCAAUGGACGUUGAGGUCCAUGGAUAAAUGGGAAGCCCUUCAGACCAUCUUGUGGGGUCUCCUUAGAGAUGCCCCACUGCAAGAGAAGAUGCUGACCUUCCUAGAGAAGAAUGUCCCAAGGACAGAAAUGUGGGGGCUGCAGAAAGAGGCCCCUGUGUCCUUUGAGGAGGUUGCUGUGCAUUUCACCAAGGAGGAGUGGGCCCUGCUGGAUCCAGAUCAAAGAGCCCUAUACAGAGAAGUUAUGCUGGAGAAUUAUGGGAAUGUGUCCUCUCUUGGCAAGAAAUCAUAUCAAUGCCUGGAGUGUGGGAAGAACUUCAAUUCAGGUCCGGGCCUCACCUACCAUCAAAGGAUCCACACGGGUGAAAAGCCCUAUAAAUGUCCAGAGUGUGGAAAGAGCUUCCGUGGCCACAACCAGCUUACGGAUCACCAGAGGGUGCACACAGGGGAGAGGCCAUUCCAGUGCGUGGAGUGUGGGAAAAGCUUUAGCCAGAGUGGGCAGCUGACGAUACAUCAAAGGAUACACUCAGGAGUGACUCCUUAUAAAUGCCUGGAGUGUGGAAAGAGCUUCAGCUCAAGCACAGGCCUCAGCCGACACCAGAGGACCCACACCGGGGAGAAACCCUUUAAAUGCCUGGAGUGUGGCAUGAGCUUCAGCCAAAACAUAAGCCUUACGUACCAUCAAGUGGUCCAUACUGGGGAGAAACCCUACAAAUGCCUGGAGUGUGGGAAGCAUUUCCCUAGGCAUGAGCUGUUGACCAUCCACCAGAGAGUUCAUACAGGGGAGAAACUGUACACUUGCCAGGAAUGUGGGAAGAGCUUCAGCUGGAGCACAAGUCUGACCUACCAUCAGCGAAUGCACUCCGGGGAGAAACCAUAUACAUGCGCAGAAUGCGGCAUGAACUUCCGCAGCCACCACCACCUCACUGAUCAUCAAAGGGUGCACACUGGGGAGAAACCGUUCAAAUGCUUGGCGUGUGGGAAGUGCUUUGGUCAGAGCAACGGCCUUGCCCGUCACCAGAGAACCCACACCGGGGAGAAACCCUUUACGUGUACGGAGUGCGGAACGAGCUUCAGUCAGAGUGGUCAACUUGUCAUACAUCAGAGAGUGCACACGGGAGAGAAGCCCUAUCCGUGCACGGAGUGUGGCAUGAGCUUCCGCCAAAACAGGAGUCUCGUCCGCCACCAGAGAAUCCACACCGGGGAGAGACCUUUCAAGUGCUUGGAGUGUGGAAAGGAUUUUAGUCAGGAUUCCCAUCUCAUGUCACAUAAAAGAAUCCACACCGGAGAGAAACCAUACAAGUGCCCAAUAUGUGGGAAGAGUUUUCUGAGACAUGAAUACCUGGCCAUCCAUCGAAGGCAUCAUACCGGGGAGAAGCCAUUCAAAUGCCCAGAGUGUGGCAAGUCCUUCAUGAAGCGAGACUCUCUUAUUUGCCACGAAAGAACUCACACUGGGGAGAAACCCUACAAAUGCCUACAAUGCGGGAAAGGCUUCAGACAGAACAGAAGUCUUAGCUUCCAUCAAAGAGUCCACACUGGGGAGAAACCCUUUAAAUGCCUGGAAUGUGGAAAGCUCUUCAGACUUAGUGCGAACCUCACUGUGCAUAAAAGAAUCCACACCGGGGAGAAACCCUAUAAAUGCCUGGAAUGUGGAAAGAGCUUCAGCCAGAACAGAAGUCUCAUCUACCAUCAAAGAGUGCACACAGAGGAGAAACUGUUCAAAUGCCUGGAGUGUGGAAAAGGCUUCAGGCAGAACAGAAGCCUUAGCUUCCAUCAGAGAGUCCACACUGGGGAGAAACCCUUUAAAUGCCUGGAGUGCGGAAAGCUCUUUAGACUUAGCGCAAACCUUGCUGUGCACAAAAGAAUCCACACAGGGGAGAAACCCUAUAAAUGUCCAGAGUGUGGAAAGGGCUUCAGCCAAAACAGGAGUCUUAUCCACCAUCAAAGAAUCCGUACAGAGGAGAAACCAUUUAAAUCUCUAGAAUAUGGGAAUUGUUUUGGUGACAGCAUGGGACUUUCCUGCCAGCAGAGCAAAGCAAUAAGUAAACCAUGGAAUGAAGUUCCAUGGCUUGUUUAGGUGUAUCAGGUGCUUGUUUAGGUGUUUCGGUGCUUGUUUAGGAGCAAGCUUGUUUUCUGCUGCCCUUGAGACUAGGACACUGAACAAUGGCUUCAAACUACAAGAAAGGAGAUUCCAUCUGAACAUGAGGAAGAACUUCCUGACUGUGAGAGCUGUUCAGCAGUGGAACUCUUUGCCCCAGAGUGUGGUGGAGGCUCCUUCUUUGGAAGCUUUUAAACAGAGGCUGGAUGGCCAUCUGUCAGGGGUGCUUUGAAUGCAAUUUUCCUGCUUCUUAGCAGGGGGUUGGAUGGCCCAUGAGAUCUCUUCCAACUCUAUGAUUCUAUCAGCUACAAGUGGUAGCAGUUGUGUAGCAUGCGGUGUGACACUGUCCAUAUACCAUAAGCCAAGUUGUUCAUGGGUUGUUGUAGGUUUUUUGGGCUGUAUGACCAUGUUCUAGAAGCAUUCUCUCCUGACGUUUCACCUGCAUCUAUGGCAGGCAUCCUCAGAGGUUG